AUGGCUUCUCCAAUUCCCCGCGGUCUCAAGCAGGUCCUACAGAAGGGUCCCAACGACAUUGUCAUCCUCUCCUCCCUGCGUACCGCCGUCACCCGCGCCAAGAAGGGUGGUUUCAAGGAUGCCUACCCUGAGGAGCUGCUCGCCAACGUCCUCCGCGCCACAUUGAAGGCCAACCCCAACCUGGACCCUGCCCUGAUCGACGAUGUGACCAUUGGUUCCGUCCUGCAAGAGCUUGGUGGUGCUAAGGCCGGUCGUAUGGCUCAGAUCCACGCCGGAUUCCCUACCUCCGUGUCCUUCAACACUAUCAACCGUCAAUGCUCUUCCGGUCUGGCCGCUAUCACCGCUGUCGGUUACGGUAUCCGUGCCGGUGCCCUGAACGUCGGUGUCGGUGGUGGUAUGGAGCACAUGACCCGUAACUACGGAUCUCGCGCUAUCCCUACUGUCCUUUGGCCCGAGCUAAAGGAGUCUUACUCCCAGGAUGCCCAGGACUGCAUCAUGCCCAUGGGUCUCACCUCCGAGAACGUCGCUGAGCGUUACGGAAUCACCCGCCGUGAUCAAGACAUUUUUGCUGCUGCUUCUCACGCCAAGGCCUCCGCUGCCCAGAAGGCCGGUCGCUUCGACUCCGAGAUCGUUCCCGUUACCACCAAGUUCUACGACCCCGAGAACCCUGAUGCCCCUCCUAAGGAGAUCACCGUUACCCAGGAUGACGGUAUCCGCCACAACAUCUCCGCUGAGAAGAUGGGUACUCUCAAGCCCGCUUUCAAGGCCGAUGGUGCUAGCACUGCCGGUAACAGCUCCCAGGUUAGCGAUGGUGCCGCCGCCGCUCUGUUGAUGCGCCGUUCCACCGCCGAGGAGCUCGGUCUCUCCGGCUCUAUCAAGGGUCGCUGGGUCGCUACCGCUGUUGCUGGUUGUGCUCCCGAUGAGAUGGGUGUUGGUCCUGCUGUCGCUAUCCCCAAGCUGCUUCAGCAGGUUGGCUUGACCGUUGCUGAUGUUGGUGUCUGGGAGAUCAACGAGGCUUUCGCCUCCCAGGCUCUGUACAGUGUCCGCAAGCUCGGCAUUGACGAGGCUAAGGUUAACCCCAACGGUGGUGCCAUUGCUAUCGGUCACCCUCUCGGUGCUACCGGUGCUCGCCAGCUGGCUGAUCUCCUCCCUGAGUUGGAGCGCAGCGGCCAGGACAUUGGUGUUGUCAGCAUGUGCAUUGGUACCGGUAUGGGUAUGGCCGGUAUGUUCGUUCGCGAGUAA